AUGUUCCUGGCAGGGUUUUUCACGGCAUAUGGCGUGUAUAAGCUAUGCGUCGCCUCGAAUGGCCCACAGUCGACCGGUCUGCACAGGAGUAAUGCCGUUUAUCAAAGGCGCCGAAGACAGUCUGGCGCGCAGGUCAGCGCCGCUGAAGGCGCUAUCGUCUCAAUGAGCUCCCAGAACUCGACUCUGGAUGAAGCUUUAGUGCCGGUGGAACUCACUGCAGAUGCUUUCGAAGCUGUUGAUCCAGGUGAGACUGAAGGCGACAUGGAAAUGUUAGCGAACGGUGCACCGGAUCAUGGUAUUCGUGGACUUCUGUACUACAUUGCCGAAGAGGAUGCGGCGCGCAACGCCUACAUACAUCGUGGGAUUUGCUGUGAAGGCUGUGGUCAGUGUCCUAUUAAAGGGGUACGAUAUCACUGCCUUAACUGCCCAGACUUUGACCUCUGUGCGGCCUGCGAGGCACAUGCCGUCCAUCCGAAAAACCAUGUUUUCGCCAAGAUCAAGAUCCCCCUCUCGCUUCUCUCCCAGCCUCCAAAACCACUCAAGCUCUGGUAUGGAGGGGAUCCGCAAAAGAUUCACGAGCCACUGGAUGCGGGCUUACGGAAGCAGCUCUGCAGAGACUCGGGCUUCUCUGAACCGGAGCUAGAUGCCCUUUACGAUCAGUUCACUUGCAUUGCGAAUGUGCCCUGGGAGCAUGAUCCCACGCGCGUUGGCGCAGCUAUCGAUCGGCGCGCUUUCAACAAGACUAUGAGCUCGGACCGAUGGGCGGACCGCUUCGCGCCUAACGUGCUCCUGGAUCGCAUGUUUGCCUUUUACGAUACUGACGGCAACUUGCUGAUUGGGUUCAAGGAAUUCCUGGAUGGUAUGCAGUAUUUGCGUGGAAGUAAUAGAUUCGCGUCUUUGGAGCGCGCACUCCGGGGAUUCGACAUCGAUGGGGACGGACUUUUGGGGCGAAACGACUUUCUAAGGAUCCUGCGCGGCAAAUUUGAGAUUCAAAAACGGCUCAUAAUUGACGCGACGGAAGGCCUUGAGAUUCAUCGAACACAGGGCGCUAUGAAUGUGCUACGCUCCAGUCAACCGAUCAGCUCGGUUUUCAAUGGUGACGAUAUCCCGCCCUUUGAAGCAAGGAUACCUUAUGGAAAGCUGGUGGACGCGAAUGGCGAGGUAGAAAAUAUGGGUAAUGAGAAGACGAUACUGGACGACGACGAUCCGUUCUUGCCGGAUGAUCUCAGACAGCAAACCGAAUUGCUUCGAGCCAUGGACAGACUCGGACUGGAGGAUGCCAAGGGAUUUCAGGAAAUUUACGAAACAGAGCCCUACAUACAAGAUCUGCUCUGGCAUAAGAAGGAAGAUGGGCUCAAUUCACUUCUGGACCCGUUGUUUCGCAGAAGAGCAGAAGUGGAGAGACGCGCCGUCGCAAGUCGGGGUGCCCGCCAGCGAUGGCGAACUGCGAUUGAACAAUACAAGAUCGAGCUGGAAAAGAGCGGCAAUAUCAUUGACGAUGCCAACAUUAUAGAUCGAAGCGACAGUCUGCUAGUUCGUGGAAUUGUACCUACUGAUCACAAGAGUCUGGAGCAAAUGGAGCUGGAGACCGCUCACGCUCCUUUGAGUAGGUUGCUGGAAGUCAGCGGCUACGGUAUCCGUGAGGAAUCAAGUAACAGUGCUGGGGCUGCUACAGAGCCUUCCUCGCAAGUCAUCKACAUGGAGGGUGAGCCGAGGGCACCGCGCAACCGCUCGCUCCUUCGGGAUGUGCGGUCGAUUGUCGACGAUAACCCAGAAUUGCUUCGUUCUGAGGGUGCUUACUCCACACCACGGCCAACACCUGCUGAUUUCAAAGGCAUGGCAGAAGAGCAACCGCCGACUGUUGAGGUUCUACGGUUGUGGGCGCGGUUGGAUGUUGUAGACCGCGAGAUCGAAGAACGGGGCGGGCCAGAAAAGCUGAGUCUGUUCGAGGUAGAGCGCAUUGUCGUUGACGACAAUUUGCAACAAGUCAGAGGCUUAAUCAAGUCCUGGCUGGAAUGGGGUGCCUUUUGA